UGCGCGUCUUGAGACGAAGCGCUCCGAUUGGCUCACGCGCUCGCUUGUCUCUCCAGGAACAGAUGUCUCAUUAUUGGGAAAAGGACAAAUUCUAUGUGAAGAUACAGCUCUUCACAACUGGCGUAUGCUAAAUUGGAGGUUUUGCUAAACGGCCAUUUAGACUCUUCAAAUAUGUUUAAAAAUGAGUAUCAGGGUGGACCAAUGGUAGAAGUCUUCAGUGCUCAAGGAAAAGACCCUGUUGCCAAAUGGAAAAUCUGUGGAAGUCAGACUGCUGUAUGGAAAGAAUUCGACAAAGAGUCCAAGAGCUUCAUUUACAUCCUCGAGGGCAGCAGCCAGACCAACAAAAUGCAGCUGCCCAAAGACAGCAGGAGCUCACUUGGUCUGAUCCAGAGAUACUUAAUUCUUCAGAUUCAUCUUCCCCUGGGCAAAGACUUCUCCACUGAACUAAUAGUAACGGAUAUGAGCAACAUCAAAAGAAGACUGUAUCUGUCAACCGUGCACAAGGAACUCUCCACUACCGCACUGCACGCGAAAAUCCCACUGGCCAGAGUCAAGAGGAAAAUUUGGUGUAAUCUUUGCAUCGACCUUCUGUCCUUCACCAACGAGAUUUUUAAAGGAGCCGUCUUCCUGUCUUUGGACGGAAUCACUGUCACAGCAAGCUGUAAACUCCGCAAAGUGUUUACCAUGAAGUUCCAGCCUGAAGACACCACCGAGGACAACGAUUUUUGCACUCCAUCUGCUAACGGACCGACCGAUACUAUUCCACGGAGCUGUCAGCUGGGAGCAGAUGUGCCGCAUGUUACGCAGCUGAUUAACAUGGACAGAGUUAAAUUUAGCACCUGCAGUCUGCCGUUUGAAUCUGACCAGACGAAUAUCCGUGGGACAGCAAGUGCACGGAGCAGCAGAAACCAGGAUGGAUCCCAUAUUGCAUUUGGGACUAAAGUACUGGGUCCCCCUCCGGUGACUGGAAGGAAAAGUAGCUCGGCGGUACCACGAGAUAUCUCCAGCUCCUUCGGCAGUAAAGCAAACGUGUCAUCAAACCGGAUCCGACAGAGCAGUGGAGACCGAUCCGAGAAGCGGAGUAGCCAGCCUUUAAUCUCCCAUUCCCGAAUUCCAGACCUGCUCUCCCAGGAUGUCCGGGACGCUUCCCCUCUCACCAAAGCAGCCGAAGUCCUCUUACUUCAACCGCACCCUCCACAAGAACGAACAGGAGAGAGGAUCGGGCACAGAAAACUCAGCAGCAGAAGUUCGCGACGAAAUCUGACGACAGCUGAUGAUGAAGAGUGGCACUUCCCCUCCGUUGCCUUUGACGCUGACCAGCACGACCCACUGACCUUCCAGCAGGAUAUCAGUGACGAGGAAGAUCAGAGUGAUGAAGAUAAGGAACCCCAGCUGGAAGCGGUGUUCACCUACUCCUCAAGGCCCCACUCUGCCCCACAUGGAAGAUCUCAGAGCGUGUCAAUAGACCGCCUUGCAUCGGCGCUCAGCCUCGGAGGAAUGGGCGAUGGGGACCACAGAGGUGCCAGGCUGGAGGAUGACUUUCUGGGGAGCGACAGUGAAGAGGACGAAGAUGAUUUAAGAGCUCCAAGUCCAACCCACAGCCCUGAAAUGACUGGCGCUGCUCUCCACCCCAGAAGUCCACUGGCUCAUUUAAAGAUCUCCUCCCAGAGGCUGCCGAGCCCUGCGCCAUCCCUGUCACCAGUAGAACUGUAUAAUUCGGCCACGAUUGAUGGAGGGGACGCAGAGCGAGAGCUGGAAGUGAACCGCGUGAAGCCUGAUCUCAGCUACUCCCCUGGUAGAAGCCGACCCGGGUCCUCCAUGGACACCUCAGACGAAAGGAGAAUCCCCUCGGUGGGACCAGACAAGCAUUUAAGGUCUUCCGUCAACAGAAAGUCUCUAAAAGAAAUUCCAAGAAGUUCAACAAGGCCAUUGGAUUAUGACUGGCGGAAUUACGUGCCGACUCGAAUGAGUGCAUCCGAGCUGCACAUGCUGGCAAGUCUCAGAAGGCAACAGAACGAGGAGCUGGAGAAUGAUGGGACUUCAGCUGGCUUAAGUGCAUCACAAGUCUACAACUGCAAUGUCAGCAUCAGUUCCAGCAGCGAUGAUACGACCACCUGGAACUCCUGCUUGCCGCCUCCUGUCAAUCAGGGCCAUCAUUAUGAGAAAGAAAUGAACCCUCUGGCGCAAUCCAACCCAAGGGACUGGUUAAAUGCUUUUAGCCCUCCAAUCAUCCCACCCAGUGAGCAAUUGAAAGAGAAGAACUCCCCGACGGCCACAAGCACAUCCUCAGCAGGCAAUCAGAAGCAUGAUGUCGAAGACGACGAUGAAGACGAUGAAGUCCUCACUCUGCUCUAUGACCCUUGUCUUAACUGCUACUUUGAUCCUGAAACGGGGAAGUAUUAUGAACUGGCAUAACGGGAAAAGAAUGAAUGAAGGAAUAUGGUAAAGUAAGAACAGGGAAACGUGAAGUGGACUCAAGUCGCACGCUCUGUAUGUGAUUCCAUUUUUGAAUGACUGAAUUUGUAGAACUGGAGUCGAUGUUGUACUGUACGUCACAUUUUGAUGAGCUUUGUUUUGUAUCUUUUUUUUUUUUUUUUUCCUUAAACGCAUUGUUAAUGGUUUGC